GUGCUGUUUCCUUGUCAACAACGUCCCCUCUAUGUACUAUAGCAUCCCCUCAUUUUCUGUUGCACGCAUUGAAUUAUUAUACUUUUGAUCGGUUUUCGAUACUCUCAGCAUUGAGAAGUUGCUCUACUCGGCCAUGCGCUUCGGCAAAACACUCCGGAAAUCGGUCUACGAACCAUGGCAGGACAAAUACAUCGACUAUGCGAAGCUCAAAAGCCUCUUGCGCGAGGAUAAGCCGGAUGACGACGACGAACCAUGGACCGAAGAUGACGAGAACCGCUUCUGCGACGAGAUCUUCAAUGUGCAGCUCGAGAAGGUCGCGCAGUUCCAGGUAGAAAAAGUCGAGGACCUGCGCCGCCGCGUCGACGGCGCUUUUGAGAAACUCAGGGAGUUCCCCGCCGCCGACGAGGGCAAGCCGAUGGCCGCUGCCGAUACCCAGCAGCUCAAGGACCUCGAGACCGAGCUCGACACCAUCACCAACGAGGUCAAGGAGCUGCAGAAGUACAGCAACCUGAACUACACGGGCUUCCUCAAGAUCGUCAAGAAGCACGACCGGAAGCGUGGCAACCGGUACAAGAUCCGCCCCAUGAUGAUGCUCAGCCUGUCCAAGCGGCCCUUCAACUCAGAGCAGGCCUACUCGCCCUUGCUGAACAAGCUGUCCCUCAUGUACUUUGCCAUCCGCCAGCACUUGGAGGAACCCGGCGCCGGGGAUGCCUAUCCCGUCGACCCCGACAGCCAACCCGAGACACACAACGGCGAGAAGUACACCGCCCACAAGUUUUGGGUGCACCAGGACAACCUGCUCGAGGUUAAGACGUACAUUCUCCGUCGUCUGCCGGCUCUUGUGUACAGCGAGCAGUCAGCGAAGGAAGUGGAUGGCCAACAGGACCCGACAAUCACGUCGCUGUACUUUGACAACUCCACAUUUGACCUCUACUCGAAGAAAGUCGAAAGGGAGAUGGAGGCAUCCUCGCUGCGGUUGCGCUGGUACGGCCAGCUGAGCUCACGGCCGGAAAUCUUCCUCGAGCAAAAGAUCCUGCACGAAAACGGCAGCAGUGAAGAGCGCAAGUUUGUCAUCAAGGAGAAGUACAUCAAGGCAUUCCUUGAAGGCGACUACAGCAUGGAGAAGUCGGUGCAGAAGAUGGAGAGGCAGGGACAGAAACCUGAGGAUGUGGACCAGUUUCGGUCUACGGCAGACGCCAUCCAGCAAUUUGUCCGCGGGAACAAGCUUGAGCCGGUGGUGAGAGCCAACUACAAGCGGUCAGCCUUCCAGAAGCCGGGCGACGAUCGUGUGCGCAUCUCUAUCGACACCGACAUCGCCUUCAUCCGCGAGGACACGCUGGACCGCGACCGGCCCUGCCGCGACCCCAAUGAGUGGCACCGCGUUGACAUCGACAACAGCAACAUGACGUACCCCUUCAACAACAUCAACCAGAGCGAAGUCUCGCGCUUCCCCUACGCCGUCCUCGAGAUCAAGCUGAAGGAGGACAUCAACCGCGGCAAGCGCCCCUCCUGGAUCCAAGACCUGAUGGGGUCCCACCUCGUCCACCCCUGCCCGCGCUUCUCCAAGUUCGUGCAUGGCACGGCCUCGCUGUUCGAAGACUACGUCAACCGCCUGCCUUUCUGGCUCUCCGACCUCGACACCGACAUCCGCAAGGACCCGCAGGUCGCCUUUGAGGAAGAAGAAUCCCGCCGCGCCCAGCGUGCUGAAAACGAGCAAGUCGUCGGCAGCUUGCUGGGCACUAAACUUGGCUCGUACAAGCCAUCGCGCAGCUCGCCCGUCGCAAAGUCCUACCUCGCGGACCGCCUCGCCGCCGACACUGCCGGGCAAACUCCCAAAUCAGCCACCAGCCGCCCGCCAGCAGGUGACGAGGCAGGCGAACCAAGCAGCAGCGCGUUCGGCGCCCUCUCGCCGGAACCCCAAACUGUCGACGGCGCCGAGCGGUCGACCCUCAACUACGGCACGCUAUCCUCCGUCUUCCCGGGUUUUUCAUUGUCUAAGUACUCUCUUGCGAAGCAGGCGCGCGAGGCCCGCCAGCGCCAACAACAGGAUUCCGCGCCCCUGCCGCCAGGCGUCGUCGAGCCGACCGAGUGGCUCAAGAACGCCGGGCCGCUGCAGAUCGAGCCGAAAGUGUGGCUCGCCAACGAGCGCACUUUCCUGAAGUGGCAACACAUUUGCGUGCUGCUGGGCGGCCUAGCCGUGAGCCUGUACUCAGCCGGCGGCGGGAGCGGGAAUGUCCUCGCACAGGCCAUGGGCGCCGUGUUCAUUGGUGUGGCGAUAUUUGCCGGCGCGUGGAGUUACUUUGUCGUUGUCAAGAGGAGGGAGAUGAUUGUGCAGCGGAGCGGCAAGGACUUUGACUUCUUGGCGGGGCCCCUUGUGGUUAGUGCUGCGUUGGGGGUGGCGCUGGUGGUGAAUUUUGGUUUUGCGUAUCAGAAGGCGUUUGGCCAUGAUGGACGGAAUGGGAGCUCAGGUGUUGGAUUGAAUGGAACUGUGAUUGGGAAGAUGAAGGAGCUGCGGAUAUGAGGUGGUGCUGGAGAUGAUGUGUCGGUGGUUUGUUUGCAUAAGGUAUAUAAGUGGGAGAAGCGGUGGAAGUUGGAUAUUAGCAGCGGAGAACCACAGUAUAUACGAGACGUGUAAGCGUGUAAUGUGGGUGAUGGGUUGGAUUCCAAAAAGUGGGUCAGGACGGAAGUCGUCUCAAGGCUUCGAUGUAUGGUACGUGAGUAUAAGCAUUGGCAUGGUUGUGAUGGCAUCUUCAACAUGUAUGAAACAACUAUACAAGAGGUCUGGGCUUAGCCACAGCUACCCUCCCAUCUAAAGUUAAUAGCUGGCAUCUCGGCCUGUGUGCUAUCGCCUUUUCUGUCGCUCACACUCAGAUAAUGUAUGGCCUUUCUCCGGCGGGACUGCUCAGGAUAACCGAUGAAGACCUCCGGAAACUGUAUUGAGGAACAAUCACGCUGAUCAUGCCGCGUCUCGCUCCGAGGUGUAUAAAGUGGAUACGAGAUAAGAUUAGCUUGAGG